GAUUGUUUCCGAAUGAAGUGAGUUGUAGUAAAUUGUUAACUUUUUUAUUUCGAUUGUUUUUAUCAAAAUUAAUUCAAAUAAAAUGAAAAACUAUCAGUAGAGGUAUUUUUAUAAUUUCUAGUUUCAUUACAUAAAGUUAUAGUUCUAAUAUCAGUGUAUUUUGCUGUUUAAUCCGAAGCUAAACGUUUCCAUGGGCGUCAACUUCAGGUAGCUAAUGAAGACUGAAUAAUGAAGCUCUCACUUACCUAUAUAAGCAUAGCAAUAUUACAAUUGUGUAUAGCACAGGACUAUGUGCCACCCACAUACAAUACCGGGCAAGCAACAAUUGAUGUGAACCAAAACGAUCCAAAUCGGAGGUACCAAAACAGAAAUCAGUAUGACAAUCGCAAUCCAUACGACCCGAGUAGAAGAUUCAAUGGGAAUGACCCGUACCAGAAUGUAUACAACCCAAGUGAAUCUAAACCAUCAUGGGAUGCAAGUCCAAGUUAUAAUACUGCAGUGAAAACUGCACCUCUGGAACAUGACAGUGUUAUUAUCAAUGAAGCUACAUAUUUCAUAGUGGCAUCCAGAAUAGUCCGCCCAGGUCAGAUAUACAAGAUAUCGGCGAAUAUUCUUCAAGCUAGAAUGCAGAUGACCGUUAAAGCAUCAAUUGCGAGGGAUGGAGUGGAGUUAGCUAAUGUUGCACAAAGGGUUAAUGAGGGUGUGCCCGAGAUACUCAACAUUAGAGUACCUCCUAAUUCGGUACCCGGUGAAUAUAAGCUGCACAUUGAAGGGCUGUACCUGGAUAAUCCAUUCGGAGGGCGCGCGUUCUUCAAUGAAACAAAGCUGGUGUUUUCUAAGAGGUUCAUGACGAUAUUCAUACAAAUGGACAAGCCUGUUUAUAUGCAAGGACAGAUAGUUCGUUUCCGCGCCAUACCAAUCAACACUGAACUGAAGGCAUUCGGACGCGCCAUCGACGUCUACAUUCUGGAUCCCAACAGGCGCAUCAUGAAGAGGUGGCUCUCUAGACAGAGCAACUUUGGAACGGUCAGUCUGCACUACCAGUUAUCAGAUCAGCCGCUGUUCGGUGAGUGGACCAUUCGCGUGGAGGCGCUCGGACAGAUUGAGGAGUCACAUUUCCUUGUUGAAGAAUACUACCAGACGAGGUUUGAAGUAAAUGUAACUAUGCCAGCGUUCUUCUUCAACACUGACCCGUACAUACACGGUCGCAUCAUGGCCAACUACACGUCGGGUGCUCCAGUCCGAGGCAACAUGACUCUGAAGGCGACUAUACGACCAAUACCGCAGUACCGGCCCAAUUACUACCAACAGGGACAAUUCAAUAACCGAGGACAAUAUGGUCUACCGCAAGGAUACGGCUCCCAAUAUACUAGGCAUCGUCCCAACCCAUAUUUGUACAAUGAGACGGGCAAUUACGAGCCAAAUGGAGAAUUAGACGAGUUCGGCCGUCCACGCCACCGUCCCGGUCAACCCAAUCAGCUGGACCAGCCCGAUUGGUGGUAUGACCAAUCUGCCGUCCGAACCAGGGUGUUUAACUUUGAUGAGAAGUACCCUUUCUGGAUGGCGAAGCCGGACCCGCUGCAGUUCACGUCGCAGUCCGACCACAAUCCCAACGACCCCAACUAUAACACUUACACGACAUCCUCGUACAACAAUUAUUACAACAACCCGUAUUACAACCAGCUGCCGUAUUUGAGAUUUUUCAAUGGUACAUAUGACUUCAAAUAUCCCAUGGCGGAACUGGCUCAGUUGGUACCAGAAUUAGAUGGAGUGGAGGUGAUCAUCACAGCGUCCGUAGGAGAUCCAUUUCUCGAUGAGAUUAUUGAGGGUUACAGCAUCGCCAGGAUCUACAAUUCUUCAUUGGCUGUCACAUUUCUAGGUGGUACCCCACAGGUCUUCAAACCGUCUAUGCCAUUUGAUGUUUAUAUGGUGGUGUCGUACCACGACGGGUCGCGGCUGGCGGCGUGGCGCGCGGCGGGCGUGUCGCUGUCGGUGUCGGUGGCGGUGGAGGGCCGCGGCGGCGCCGUGGAGCCCCACCAGCCCACGCUGGUGCCCGGACACGACGCAGUGUGGCACACCAAGCUGGACCUCUACAAGCUGCUCAGUCAGUACCCACACUACUGCUACCAACUUUUCCGAUUCUUAGUUAAUUAAAGUUAUUAUUAACGCCCUGGUGGUCUAGCGGUUUAGCAUACCGCUUUACGUCCGAUGGUUCUGAUUUCAAAUCAAAUCAUGCGUGGUAGUAAUUUUUUCACGAAAUGCAGAGUCGGGGAGUACGUUAUAUUCCACGUGCAGAGCAAUGUCUACAUGGAAACAUUCAAUUACGUCGUCAUGUCCAAGGGCAUUAUACUGACGAGUGCGCAGGAAAAUAUGCAGGAGGGCGUGCGCACGUUCGCCGUGAGCGUGUCGGCGGAGAUGUCUCCGGUGGCCACCGUGCUGGUGUGGAGCGCCGAGCGCCGCGCCGCCGUGCUCGCAGACUCACUCACCUUCCCCGUCAACGGCAUCUCCAGGAACAACUUCACGGUUUAUAUAAACAACCGCAAGCAUCGUACUGGCGAGCGGGUCGAGAUAGCUGUAUACGGCGAGCCCGGUGCCUACGUAGGAUUAUCUGCGGUUGACAACGCUUUCUACACAAUGCAAGCCGGGAACGAACUCACAUAUGCCAAGGUGAUAUCUAAGAUGGCGUACUUCGACGAGGCUACAAAUGGCACGUUCGCAUACACGUGGCGCUCGCAUCCUGGCGACGCGGACGAGCUCGUCUACUUCCCGUCCUCCACCUUCGGCAUCGACGCCAACAGGACCUUCGAGUACGCGGGGCUGGUGGUGUUCAGCGACGUGGUGGUGGCGCGGAGGCCGAGCGCCUGCAACGCCAGCGCGGGACAGCUCGAGUGUCUCGAGGGCGGCUGCUACUCGCACCUGCAGCGCUGCGACGGCCAGGCCGACUGCCUCGACCGCACCGACGAGGCCGACUGUGAUCACGACACGAACAUGGAGUUAGCUCACUUCCGUAAGUUCCGUUUCAACCGCGUGCAGCGGCAGUACGACAACGUGUGGGUGUGGCGAGACAUCAACAUCGGCCCGCACGGCCGGUACGUCUUCAACAUAGACGUGCCGCAGGUGCCAGCUCAUUGGAUGGUAUCUGCAUUCAGUAUGUCACCGUCAAAAGGAUUUGGAAUGGUGAACAAACCUAUACAGUACGUGGGCGUGCUGCCGUUCUUCAUAAAGGUGGAGGGCCCGGAGCGGUGCCGGCAGGGCGAGCAGGUGGGGCUGCGCGUGGUGGUGUUCAACUACCAGCCCCAGAACAUCGAGGCCGUCGUCGUGCUCGAGGCCUCCGCCGACUACAAGUUCGUGCACGUCGAGGAGAACGGCAUCGUCGUAUCGUAUAAUCCCCGCACAUCGUUCGGCGAGCACCAGUUCUUCGUGUAUAUAAUAUCGGGAGACGCGGCCGUGGUGCAUGUACCUGUGGUCGCCACCCGACUUGGAGUAGUGCGAGUGAAGUUACAUGCAGCCACGCUGCAGGGUCGCCAUCACUUCACCAAGGAAUUGUUAGUCGAGGCGGAUGGUAUACCACAAUACCGGCAUCAAUCCGUACUACUGGACCUGUCUAACCGCGCGUACGUGUUCCAAUACAUGCACGUGAACGUAACAGAGACGCCCAUCAUACCGUACGAGGUGGACCGCUACUACGUGUUCGGAUCAAAUAAGGCGCGAGUUUCAAUAGUUGGUGACGUAGUUGGACCACUAUUUCCAACGAUGCCAAUCAACGCAACCAGUCUACUGGACCUGCCUAUGGACUCGGCAGAACAGAACAUGUUCAGCUUCGCAGUGAACAUGUACCAGACGCUGUACAUGCGAUUGAUCAACCAGCGCAACCGGACGCUGGAACGAGACGCGUUCUACCACAUGAACGUGCUCUACCAGCGGCAGCUGUCCUUCAUGAAGCCGGACGGCUCCUUCAGCUUGUUCAGAAGUGACUGGAACCAGUCGGCGUCUAGUGUGUGGAUUACGUCAUUCUGUGCAAAGAUAUUCCAAGACGCGUCCUUUAACGAGUGGGAGAACUUCAUCUACAUUGACCCGGAUGUGACGUCCCAGGCCGUGUCGUGGGUGCUGCAGCAUCAGACGCCGGAGGGCGCGUUCUACGAGGUGACGUGGCUGCCCGACCGCAACCAGAACGACACCAUCGCGCUGCCUCGCUCGCAUCCUCAGUACGCCGGCGCGGUCAGCACCGGCGGCAGGGAGGUCAACGGUUCUGUACUUCUACAGCGUAACAUUACACUUACCGCGCAAGUGGUUAUUACUCUCGAAACAGUUAAAAAUCUCAAAGAUAUAGGCCAGAGAGAGGGUCUAAGCGCCCAGGUGUCUCAAGCACAGCAGCGAGCUAUCACUUGGCUCGAACGACAUCUCAAGAUGCUGGACGACUUCGGUGAACCGUACGCACUCGCAAUCGUCGCGUACGCACUCACGUUCUCCAAAGCGCCGAGUUCUGAACACGCGUUUAGGUUGUUGAAGAAGCGGCAGCGAUCUGAAGGCGGUUUAGUCUACUGGGGCAAGGAGCCGGUACCCCAACCGCCAUACAAAAUGGAGAAUCAGAAGCCGUUCCUACUGCCGCGGUUACCGUAUAAAUACGACUCGAACAAUAUAGCGACGACGGCGUACGCGCUGCUAGCUUGCAUGGACCAUCAGGAUAACAAUGAGCCAAUAGUGAUGUGGCUCAACGCGCAGAGACUUAAAGAUGGCGGAUGGGCGUCCACACAGGAUACGUAUAUAUCAAUGCGAGCGCUGAUCGAGUACACGAACCGGAAGCGGCUGCGUGACGUCAGCUCGCUGGCGGUGACAGUGGACGCCGUCGCCCUGCACGACGGCACUCGUAACCUGCAUGUUGCUAAUGACAAUCUCGCCAUCAUGCAGAGCAUCGACAUCCCGGAGGCGUGGGGCACUGUGAAGGUGACAGCGCGCGGCGCGGGUUUCGCCAUCCUGCAGAUGUCGGUGCAGUACAACGUGGACAUCCCGCGCUUCCAGACGCAGCCGCCCCUCGCAGCCUUCGAACUACUCGCGCAGCCGCUGCGGUACUACGGCAGGAACCAGUCGCACAUCGAGUUCCAGACAUGUGCCAGCUGGACCCUGGUGGAGGAGUCUCCGCGGUCUGGCCUGGCGGUGAUCGACGUGGCGAUCCCCACGGGGUACAUGAUCCAGCAGCAGCGGCUCGACGCCUACGUGCUCUCACGGAGGGUGCCCACGCUGCAGCGUGCCAAGUAUCUGCCCACCAAGAUCCUCUUCUACUUCGAAUAUUUGAGUUCGGAGCGAACAUGCGUGAACUUCACAAUCGAGCGGUGGUUCCCUGUCGCCAACAUGUCGCGGUACCUGCCAGUUCGUGUCUACGACUACUACGCGCCAGAACGAUAUAACGAAUCGAUCUUCGACGCGUUACCGACAUACCUACUAAAUAUCUGCGAAGUGUGCGGCUCGUCCCAGUGUCCGUACUGCGCGAUAUACAACGCCUCGCCGCGUAUCGUCGCCACCGCACCUCUACUAUUGCUGGCCGUCAUUGUAACACUCACACGGUAUAUUCGAACGCAACUGAACUUUCAUUUGAUUACGUAGUAGAAAGACAUGAUCUGUGUAUGCAAUAGUCUACACUAAUAUUAUAUGCGUGAAGAUCUGUUGUGCCUUGUUUGCGAUGUAGGAUAUAGGCUAUUUUACGAUGAAGUUUUAUUGAUAAAAUUCCCUGUUAAAAAGCAGUAUUUUCAGUAGGCAUACACUUGAUUAUCUGAUACCCAUUAUCAUUCUGGAUCAUGAUUUCACUCGGCCUAUUCAUCCGUCUUGACAUAUUGAUUGUCAUAGGAAUUAAGUGGACCCUGAUCAUUUGUGAUUCAUGUAUUAUUUCAAAAUUUGUCUUAUAUACUUUUAUAUUGAGAAUAUAGCCAUAUAAUUUACGCGGCCGGUCAUAAAAAACUGAAGCCAAAACCAUCCCCUCGUAAUAUAAAUAACGAGAUGACAAAGCAAACAGGCAUGAAUGGAAGAGAAUAACAUAUUACGCCGACCACAAAUCGAUGAGAUAACCAAGAAACGAAGAUGAUGUUUGUCAUAUAAUUUACUAAAGUGACAGUCGUGUGACUGCAGCGGGAACAAAAUGACUAUUAAUAAAAUAAAAAAAAUACAAUAAAUGUGUAUAUUUCCCAAAAGAGCUCACAACACUACAGGACUAACAACAAGAAGUAACUAGUCAAAGGUGACAAAAAACAGAUAUCAAAAAUAUAAAAUUUAUAAAAAGAAUGGUGU